AUGGCCACAGAGUUACGGUGUCCAGACUCCAUGCCCUGCCAUAACCAGCAAGUAAACUCUGCCUCUUCCUCAAACCCGGAGCCGCCGCAAACUGGCGACCCGGUCCCGGACCAUUGCCGGGCAAACAGCGCCACCAUGGCCAAACUGACUCUCUUCACCGCGCCGCCCCUUCCAGCCGUACCAGCUGGACGGGAUCUUCAGGCCUGCGGUGGCGCCAGCCUCACCUCAGAAAGCAGCAGUGGCAGCAGUGACAGCGGCAACUAUGACGCCACCAGCGGCGACACCCUCUUAGGGGACUGCGAACUCCGGCAAAUAGGGGCGCAGCUUAAGCUGCUGCGUAUGAAUGAUCCGAUCCGGGAGUUACACACCAUCAUUCGCGACAAGACAGCCAGUAGAGGAGACUUCAUGUUUUCUGCGGAUCGUUUGAUUAGACUUGUUGUAGAAGAGGGAUUGAAUCAGCUGCCAUAUAAAGAAUGCACAGUGACCACUCUAACAGUUUUUUUCCUACAAGGUGAGGCAAUGGAACAAGGUUUACGGGACUGCUGUCGAUCCAUACGAAUUGGAAAGAUCCUGAUCCAGAGUGAUGAGGAGACACAAAGAGCCAAAGUAUAUUAUGCCAAAUUCCCCCCAGACAUUUAUCGGAGAAAAGUCCUUCUGAUGUAUCCAAUUCUCAGUACAGGAAAUACUGUAAUUGAAGCUGUAAAGGUUCUUAUAGAACAUGGAGUUCAACCUAAUGUUAUCAUCCUACUCAGUCUGUUCUCUACUCCUCAUGGUGCCAAGUCAAUAAUUCAAGAGUUUCCAGAGAUCACAAUUUUAGCUACUGAAGUUCAUCCCAUUGCACCUACACAUUUUGGACAGAAAUACUUUGGAACAGACCAAGUUAUUGAAGGACAAUGAAUUAUCUUGUUUAAUAUUGCAGUUAUGUUUUGAGUUUCUACUUGUUUUCCUAAUUGGCUUGGGGAAUGGCAGAGAAAGUUAUGCUAGAGAAGCUUUUUAAUUUUGGAAGUGGGUGUAGUUAAAAAGGAAAUAUUUGAGGCUUAUUUUAUUUGGCUAUUUCUUUAUUGUUGGCACCAAAUUCAAUGAGGCAUACACAACUCUUAGAGAAGAUAGAAAUUUUAAUAAUAUGCUAAUACAAAUUGCUGGACCCUUAGUACAUUGAAAUUGUGCCCUAAUCGGUGAACCUCUUAGUUUAGAGGCUUCUUGCAGCCACAAAUGAAACCCAGAUGAGUCCGUUUUUUGGCCCAACAUACUUCGCAUUUUGUUUAGUUUGCUUUUAACUCUAGUUGGUUAAUGUGCAUAUGGCUGUUGUCACUUUCCUCUACUAUUUCCUUCCCAGAACUCUAUGUGCUGGUAACUUGGAGAGGAGCAAAAAAAUCUUGGAAUUUUAUAUUUCCUUUAAUUCAAUUGACAGACACAGGAUGUAUGGUUAACUCUUCUGAGUCCAGCUAUUGUGUUCUCCCUGGCUCAUUUCUCAAACAGUACAUUGUUGGUAGGUGCCUUGUCAAGCUAUGCUGCAGUGAAGAAGAUGAUAUGGCAUUUUCAGCAACUGGAACUGUAACAUCAGUUUACACGGAUUGAACCAGGGAUGCCAGGAUUCUGAGAAGGGAGAGCUAAGGACUGUAGUGUCGUCAUUCCUCUAGAAAGGAAUUGGUGUUUUCUUUUUAUUUCUGUU